GCUCCCGCUGUGGAAGAUAAGCGCUUUUAACGUUAUCUAUUUUCGCAAUCCCUAGAAAGCUUCGCCGGCUUCCUCACUGCAGCCGGUCUUAUCGAGAUGUCGGCUUUCUCCUUCCCCAGUUCAGUGGCUGUUGAGAAUCCGCGACUGCUAGAAAAGAGGUCCUCAAGAGCGCACUAUAACGUGAAACAUACUCGUCGAAGCUUUUCACAGGGCUUCACAAAACAAAUCUCGCCGUCUGUCAUACGAGAGGACGCACCAGUUCAAGUAAGGGCGGCACUGCGUACCAACGUUGCCGCAUACAGCAUACAUCUAUAACAAAAGCAACAGAUCGCUUUUCAUUGCCGACUCCGUAGCCGAAAACGUGGUCGACGUCGACGGCGAAGAUGUCGUUCAAGGUGAGAUCCGCCGUGCGCGACGACUGUGGCGCCAUAAUGGGCCUGAUUCGAGAGUUGGCCGACUACGAGCGAAUGCUGGAUCAAGUCGAGGCGACUGUCGACGACCUCGAAGACCACCUCUUCUCCGACGACAAAGCGCGCUGGGCUUGCGCGAACGUAGCGACUACGACGGCGGAUGACGGCGCACGCGUCAUCGGUUUCGUUCUGUACUUCUUCAUUUUCGAUCCGCUGACUCUGGAGCGCGUGGCGUACAUGGAAGACCUCUACGUGCAGCCCGCGCACCGAGGUCGGGGCGUCGGCCUGGCCCUGUGGCGUUCGGUCGCGCAACACGGUGUCCGGAACUCGUGCGAAGUGCUCAACUUCGAGGUGCUCGACUGGAACGUGCCGUCGCUGGAGUUCUACGCCAAGCGGGGCGCCACCAACAUCACGCGUUCGCGAGGUUGCCAGCACUUCAGGUUCUCCGCUUCGUCCGGCGCCCCCUUUCUGUGAGAAUACCACCGUGAUAUGGUGCGGUUUGUGUUGGAGAGUAUCUUUUUGUCAGAGCCUUUCUUGUUGCUGUUUUUUUACGUUGUGUUCUUGAGACAUCGCGCUUUGUAGGCGAGUGGUCUAUUGUUAAUACUCGAAACAUUGGCCGAGUGGUCUUUAGGAACGUUUUCUAUACAUAUUUUGAACGAUGACAUAUGUGCAAUAUAGUUUGUAUCUUUCAUGUUAACAUGAGCAUCCCACAUAGCGUUAGGGUGACCACAUUCCUACCAGGUAAAUGCGGGACAUGCUAAAAUAAAUGACAGGAGUGGGGUAACACAGCAAGAUGAUUUGUUUAUAUAAUAGUCAGGAAAACUGAGACUGAUUUAGGUUUAAGUUCAAAUGCAUAUUCUUGUAAACAGCUGUCAUAUAGAACAGUUUGUGUCGACACGUCACCCCUGUUUUCUGCCUUUAGAAUCAAGUUAUAAUGUACCUUCAACUCGAAACAGGGCUAGUAUUGUCAGCAUAGAAUCCCCCUACUGAUUCGCAAGACGGAACUAAGGCUUAGUUUCCACCGCGAGCCGCGCGCGUGGUUGACAUUUCUUCAGAGCUGGGAGUGCUUGCUGCUAACACAUGAUAACUAAAAAAAGAACGAUGCGAUGCCGUUGAAGCUAAGGCAUGGCUGACCUAUAAAGCAAAGUAUGAAUGUGGAGCAUUUUUGAAGACGUUCAUAUCUCUUGUGGGGCGUGGGACAAUGACCCUCGAUGUGACAGUCCCUCGAGGAGCGGGACGAAUAGCCACUCUGCGUUGCAUGUAAUAUUGUUAUUUGUGUCUAUGUAUUAACAUCGCAAUCAGCUCCUGCGAAACAUUUAUUCAGCUUUUUUUAUGUAAUUGUACGACCACAUCUGGGGCAGCUUUCUACUUCAUUGGCACUUCAAUUUCAGCCUGAUUUGUACUGGGACAGCUUUUUACUCUCCAAUAGUAGAGUAUAUUGUACUCUAAAUCGCCGAACAUAUUUGUCUAAACAUUUGUGCAGCUGCCAAUUGAAAUUGCCUAUGGUGGAAGUAGCCGCCAGUUCAAGCUGCCUAGUUUAGCAGCUUACUUAUAGGCGGCUUUCCUUUAUGUACUGAAGAAAAAUAAACUUGAUUCGUCAUGAUCUAAAA